AUGGCCCUGGCUGGCAGCCUGCGCCGACUGGCCUCGGGUGCCGUGCGGCGCCCGCGCCAGUGCGGGCUGAUGACGGCGGCGCAGGCGGAAUUCUUCGAGCGGAGCGGCUACGUAAAGGUCCCAGGCGCCCUGACGAAGAGCGACGUGGGCGAGCUCAGGAGGUGGGUGGACGAGAUCGCGUCGUGGCCCGAGGUGGAGGAUGCCUGGGUCCACCAUUUCGAGCGCGGCAGGGCGGGGUCGAACCAGCUUGUCCUCUCGCGUACGGAGAACUUCUUCCCGUUCCAUGCCGGCAUGGCGAGGUUCCUGAGCAGCGGAGUCCCUGCGCAGCUGGCAGGCGACGCGCUCCGGGAGGAGGCGUCUUUGUACAAGGAGAAGAUCAACUACAAGGUCCCAGGAGGUGGCGGUUACACCGCCCACCAAGACGCUCCAGCAUAUGCUGAGUCAGAUUGUCACGUCACUUGCCUUGUCACGCUGGACGAGGCUGGCCUCGACAACGGCUGCCUGGAGUUUUCAGCUUUCCCGUGGCAGCGCAAAGAGCUCAUCGGGCUCACAAAGGAAGGCGUGAUCUCCGACGAUGUUGCCGCGAGCCUGGACUUUGAGGCGGUGCCCACUGAGCCGGGGGACGCUUUGGUGUUCUCCAGCUACGUGCCCCACAGGUCCGCGGCUAACACCAGCAGUAAGGCUCGAAACCUGUUGUACCUCACGUACAACAGGAAGAGCGCUGGGGAUCUCCGGAGCCAGUACUACCACAACAGACGCGCCACCAUGCAUGCGGGCCGCGUGUCGACAAUCGGGCACUUCCAGGGUUCCGUUGCCGAGGACGACGACCUGGCGCUCGCCCCGCGCACUCGGGCAAGCACCCCUUCAAAGGCGCGGGAGGAGAUCAUCGCGAAGAUCGCCAAGCUCUUCGAAGACCGCGGCGGCAGCCGCUACGACAGCUUCAGCACCCAGUCGAGAAACAACAGAUGA